AUGAUGGACAAACCGAUACCUGCAUUCUACUGCUGCUACCUGCUGCGCUCCACCGUCCAGCCAAAAGCCAGUCUGUACAUUGGCUCCACGCCAAACCCGGUCCGUCGCAUUAAACAGCACAAUGGCAUCACCAAGGGGGGAGCGUGGCGCACAGCGUCGGAGAACGGUAAUGGCACAAAGAGACCAUGGGAGAUGUGCUUGCUCGUCACUGGAUUCCCUUCCAAAAUUGCAGCGCUGCAAUUCGAAUGGGCAUGGCAGCAUGCACACAAGACACGUCACAUUGCUGCAGAAGUAAAGAGUCCGUCAAAACAGAGACGACCUGCGGUGACUCUUCCAAAAGGCUUGAAACACUUGAAUCUCCUACUGCGCGCGCAGAGUUUCUCACGAUGGCCACUAACACUUGAGUUCUUCGAUGAGGGAGUGCAUGGUCGAUGGAGGGUUUUUGAUAAGCAGAUUGAGAAGACACUCGGCAAGCCACUAGAUACCAGGAUUGUGGUGCAUUCGAUCGCCGGUCAACCAAGUCUCCCACCAAAGUUGCAAGGACAAUUACCGGAAUCAGCAAGAGGACUGUACGCGUUAAAUGUUGCAUAUGAAGAUGUGAAGGCUCACUAUGAGAAGAGUCUCGACUUGCUCAAUCGCGAUAGACCCCCUCAUUGCGAAGUGUGUCGAACACGCAUCAAUCCAAAAGAAUCUAUGGUCCUAGUCUGCCCUCAAGGAAAAUGCGAGUCAGUUUCGCAUCUUGUAUGUCUUUCAAAACGCUUUCUAGCAGAGAACCCAGAGACCAAUGCACUCAUACCAAAGUCUGGCAAGUGCCCUUUGUGCCAAACCAAGCUGGAGUGGAGAACUCUGGUCCAGGAAUUGACACUACGCGAGAGAGGCGAGAAGGAAAUCAUUCAACUCCUCAAGAAAAAGCGCAAGCGUGUCGUCGAGGAGAUGGAGGCCGACGACGUGUUAGACGAGGGUUUGGACGGAGAGCUUGAUUCCGGAAACGAAGAAGCUGUCGAGGCGCCCGAACCAUUCGUCGCAGGCUCUAUGCUAGGAGACAGUUACGUCCUCAUUUCAUCGGACGAUGACAGCGAGGGCGAUCCAAGCCCUUUGAAGCCAGCAGCACUCAAACGACACAACCUGGGCCACCUAUCACACCCUCCGUGAGGUCAUCACGGCUGUACAAACCGCAGAGGCAACCCCGUCAAGUCUAUACCCUCACAAACCCUGUCAACC